AUGCCGUCGAACAUCCAGGUCUUCGUGAAAUGGAAAGACCAGACGAUAUUCGCGGGAGAGAAUGUUGAAUGCACUAUCACCUUCAAAAAUGUUGCAGAUACUACGCCUGAAGCCGGCAAUGGAGCUGAGUUUAGUCAAAACCAGCGCAAGGCGUCUCGAGUCGCGAACCACACCGGCACCCCUUCGGAUUCUUUCUUCUCGAUGAAAUCACCUCAGAGCCUUUUCUCGAGCCGGCGAUCACACUCAAUCAGUUCUCAAAGAAAACCCUUCCACCGAACUGCCUCUUCGCUGAGCUCCCCGCUCGUCGCCUCGCAGAGCUUCCCGCCCCCCCAGUGGCCCCUCCACACCUCGAACUUGGCAGCCAGUGGUUAUGCAAAAGCGAGACCCCAUGUACCUGGUCCUACACUCGCAGAGUCCCCAAACGAGUCGGCCCCCAGCAAUUUGACAGUCGAUACCUCCCACCUGGGACGAUCUAGCCCUCAAAGUUCUCGGGCAACCAGUCCUGCUGGUCCGGGCGAGCAAUCACGCACCCCUUCUCGAAGGCGUCAGCCACCCUCUUUCGAUUUUAAGUUUCCAGCGGCCCCUCCAACAACCGAGCCAAAUUACCACCCACGUCUCUCUCCUUCUCCCAAAUCGACCGAUAGGAUCACACCCAGCAAGACAAAGACAUCAACGAAGGAUGCUUCGACCUUGGGUGCACCUUCGCACCAGCAACUCACGCGAAUUAUAUCAGCUACAAGCGUGAAUGGAAGCAAUCGGAGUAGCGGCGAGUUCUACUCAGUCAGCAAUGAUUCCAGUGAGACAUUAGCAUCCGAGUACACGACAUAUUCAGCUCAUGGCGUUCGCGCCCCCCCUCCACCGGCUGCUCGACACGCACGGCACUAUUCGAGUGUGGCCGCCCCGUCUGUCAGACCCACCGAUGGCCAGGCGCUGCUGAUGGUCGACGGUUCUCUCGUCGACCAGUCGGUCUUUGACGAAGUCAAAAGGAAAGGAGUCGUUGGUGGGCAAUCAGGUACAGGCGGGCUCCCCGGACGGCCGAGCUCUUCUAGCGGCGAUCGAGCCCGAAAAGGCGGUGGCUUUUGGGGCUCGUUCAAAUGGAACGCCAUCGAGGAGUCAAUCAAUGGUUUCCUCUCUAACAAUGAGCUCGAUGGUCUGCGAGAAAUGCGUGGAGUCGCUUCAUCGCGAUCAAUUCCAUUGCUGUCCACUCCGCAAUCACUUCUCUUCGUCGACCUACGGCUGUCGCCAGGGGAAGAGCAGUCGUACUCUUUCUCCUUCUCUCUUCCUCGAGGACUUCCGGCGAGCCAUAAAGGCAAAGCUAUCAAGAUUUCUUACAAUCUAGUCAUUGGCACUCAGCGGCCGAGCGGCCCCAAUGAAUCGCAACGUGUUAACCGCAUCAAUAUUCCAUUCCGUGUAUUCAGCGGUGUUAAUGAGAAAGGAGACGUUCUUGGCCAUGAUCUAAUGUCUCCCUAUGUGAUUCUCCGCGAUGAAGCCAAGGUACAAAAAGUUGGAGCCAAUGCUCCUGUCACUCGCAAGCCACAGAGUAUUAGCACCCAAUGGAACACCGCUGGGGAUUUCUUAUCAUAUGUGGAUGAGAUUUUAGAGCAGCGCGCGCGAUCCAAUACUCUGUUUCCUCCAGGUGCACUUCUGUCGAGGAAACCAAGCUUUGAGGAACUUCCCCAUUCAAUGUCUUGUAAGGACAUCAUCGACUUUGCAAUCCUCCGCAGCAACCAAGCUCCGAACUCGCGGCGCAGUCCCAACCGAUUCGAGAUCGCUCGGGAUGGGCAACGCAUUGCCGUGGUCGUUUUGAACCGCCCUGUUCACCGACUUGGAGAGACAAUCAUUGCUACUGUAGAUUUCGGCAAUGCCUCAAUCCCAUGCUAUGCUGUCCGAGCAUCCCUGGAAACAUCGGAGAAGGUAACACCCACCCUCGCGGUCCGAUCAAAUGCAAGCAUUCACCGAACGACACGGCGUAUCCAUGCAUCUCUUUUCGAGAACACCCUAUACGCCACAAGAGUGGUCUUCAGCCCUGCAAUCCCUAUCACCGCAACGCCUACCAUCCUCACAAGCGGCGUCACUCUAGACUGGGACCUGCGGUUCGAGUUCGUCACACCAACCAUGCAUAAUGAACAAGGUCCCAGUCCAUCCGGGACACAGCUCUUGGAAACCUUGUCUUCUGAUGAUCGCGGCAAAGUAAUGUCUGCGAUGGAACAUUUGGGCUGCGAGUCCUUUGAGAUUUCCAUUCCACUCACAGUCUAUGGUGAAACUGUGCGGGAGCAGGUUCCGGAAGAAACGAGGGGUACGCAAUCUAAGGAUGCGUGA